UCUGAGUGGUGUAAGUUAACUAUCCAAACGCGGUCACACUGUGCCGGCCUGAAAUGAAAUAAACAAUUUGCAAAUUUGUUCUCCCUCCGAUUUUUGCAAAAUUCCGUGAUAAUGUCGUUUCACCUGAGCACGAAGGAGCGCCUGCUGCUCUUGGUCGACGAUAUGGAGAUGAUAUCAAAGGAGCUGAUCGAGCAAGCGCAUCAAAAAAUAUCCAGCACAGAUUUAGCCGACUUGUUGGACCUUUUGGUGGCCAAAGAUGAGGAGCUUCGCAAAAUGCUUGAAUUGGCCGAUGAGCAGGCCAAGGUGGAAGAUGCGAUGGAUAAACUUCGCGCCAAGGUUGAGGUGCAUGACCGAGAAAUUCAGAAACUUCAGAAAUCCCUAAAGGAUGCCGAGUCCAUCCUAUCCACCGCCAUUUUUCAGGCGCGGCAAAAAUUGGCCAGCAUCAACCAGGCUAACAAGCGACCGGUGUCCUCAGAGGAGCUCAUCAAGUACGCCCAUCGGAUUAGCUCCGCCAAUGCUGUCAGUGCCCCGCUCACAUGGUGUAUCGGCGAUUUGCGUCGUCCAUACCCAACAGACAUUGAAAUGCGCAACGGUCUCCUCGGCAAGUCGGAGCAGAACCUAAACGGCGGACCCGUGACACAUCAGAACAGUGGAAUGGCCUCAGAUCAGCAGCGUAACUUAGGAGGCAGUGGAAGCAGCAGCGGAGCCGGUGCCAGCGGCGAAGUGCCGAACGCCUAUCAGAACCAAUUCAAUUGGAAUCUUGGCGAGCUUCACAUGACCAUGGGGGCUUCAGGGAAUACAGUAGCUCUUGAGACUCGCGCUCAAGACGAUGUUGAGGUCAUGUCUACGGACAGCUCAAGCUCCAGUUCGAGUGACUCUCAAUAGGAUCAGAUAGUUUAUCGUACCUUAGAUAUAAGCUUAGAAGUAGUAUUUAAUAAAAGCACACUAUUAAGAGAA